CCUUUGGAAAUUGGGUACAUCAUCACAAACAUGUGGACAUUGCUAUUCUCGAAGCAACAGCAGCCUUAUUGGGUCUUGAAGCAUUUGUAAAUUUGAUCAAACAUUACUGGAUAACUGUGUAUAUAGACAAUCAAGUUGCGAGAAGGACAAUAGAAGUAGCAGGAAAAAAGCUAUGGCAAAAGGAUAUAAUGCAGCAGACAAAUUAA